GCUAUCAUAGUAUCUAAAAGUCAUGAUAAAACAAAAAAGCAGAUAAAAUAAACAAAAUAGACUUUAUUUGGAAAAACUUUGUAGAUUAUGUAAAAGUUUUUCAACUGCUUAGUUAUGUUCAUAAGUGCUAAAGACGCGAAAACUUCCAUUUUUUUGUUUUUGUCUUUUGUACGUCUUUAAACUGAACCCCUUUUCUGGUAAAUUUGCCUGCGAAUUUCUCGAUUUUCAUGCCAAUUUGCGGUGGCCCCUAUUGCCAGAUUACUUCAUAAACAGGUACGGACAGUUCUCGAGUGACUUCAAUUGGGCACUACGUUAAACAAAGGGUAGUUGUCGAAAGCGGCGCCUGAGAAGUAGCACAUAAGAAAGUGCAUAAGUGCCAACGUUGUUACUUCGUUAAUUUAUUUCGCUGCCUGGUGCCAUGGAAGAAGACCGGCGAGAUCGAACUCUCUGGUGCGGAAAUCUGGAUUCCAAGGUGACGGAAGAGAUUCUGCGCGAGCUGUUUGUCCAGGCUGGACCCGUGGAAGACGUAAAGAUUCCGAAGGAUAACAAUGGAUGCUCAAAGAGCUUCGCUUUCGUCAUGUUUGAGCAUGCGGAAUCGGUCGGCUACGCCUUAGCACUCAUGGAUGGCGUUUCGCUGUACCACCGGCAGAUUAGAAUGGAUCGGAGGCCACAAGCAACCGUCGACGAUACUUACGUGAACAUGAUGCAAAGACACUACGAGUACAUGGAUUCCAUGAGAGCGAACGGAAACAUGUUUGAGCCCCCUGGUAGCAUGUGGGACUCUUCGUGCGCACCCCAAAUGGAGCAGAGAAAUCGAAUGCCCAUGGACAUGCCAAUUUCUUCCGAGCGUUCGUUCGGGUAUGAAAGCGCCCGAAAUAGACCCCACGCGUAUCCGCCUGGCAAUGAUUACAAUUGCUACGACCCCUACUAUGGUCAAGAUCGCCAUGUGCAGCAAGGUCGCUACGAGCGGCAAGGUCGUCAAUUCCGAGAACCCAAGCCCUACAGACAACCGUACAGAGAACCUUACAGAGAAUUCCGCUGUGGCAAAGAAGGUGCUGACAGGCUGAACAACCACCGUGAACGAAAUGGAGGCGCUACAAAAGGUUAUCAAGGGGCUAGGUACAAAAAGUUUGAAGAACGAGGUGACUACUACCCAAAGAGACACCGUCGCUGACAGGACACCUUGCGAAACCACUACUACCACAUCUGCCGGCUGUGUGUAUGCAAUUAGUUGUCCCAAUUUGUUCUCAUUGCUCUUUUUUUUGAUAAUCUUAUGUCAUCCAUCUUGUUUACCUUCUAGGGCACCUUGCGAAAUCACUACUACCACGUCUGCCGACUGUGUGUAUGCAAUUGGUUGUCCCAAUUUGUUCUCAUUGUUCAUGUAGAGAUCAGUUAUCCACAUAUGUGCCGCAGGCACUGUGUGAACAGUGUAGUUGAAAAGAUUUUGGUUGGAUCUGCAAUGUUUGUUCUCGCAAGUUGAAACAGAUUUGAACACGGAGCCAUUUGUAGCUCUGGAACAGGCUUUCAUAUGGGCAGUGUAUGCCACCCUAGGAGGUACUGGGGCAGUCUUUUGCUCAUAUUUAGUUCACUGCGUAAUAUGUUUGCCGAUUACAUGCAGAGAUUUGAAUGUCAUAAAAAAUAACUAACAAUAAUUGUAUAACAUAUGUGAGAUGGUGAUGUUACUGCUUCUUUAUUGUUCACAACUUGGUAGCAACCUCCUUUAUUGUGUAGGCGUGAAAUGCACACUGAGGCACAAGUGUUGUCAGGUCAUUUACGGAGAAGCUCUAGCAUGUUCACGAACAAUUUGUAAGGCCUUUUACUUGGCAUAGCCCUACCAGGAAAUUUUUUUUUUUUAUCAUGAGCUAAAAAUCACACCAAUUCUUGGUCAUGUUGUUUAUAUUAACAAAGUUUAGAAUGAGAAGUUUUUAUUUAAAGUUCUUAAAAUGAAGGAUAGCUACAUUGAAUAUACAGCUAUUGUUCUCAUACCCAUGGCAUGUUUACAAAGUAUGCAUUGUAAGUGGCUCGUAUAAAAUUUUACCUGUGCAAAGCCCAUGAUGUAAAGUUCCUUAUUAUAAUUGAGAUGCAUUUCACAUAAGUGUAGCGCAUGGCAUUGCAAACUGUUUUUGAAUGUAAAGAGGAGGGACUCACUCAGAGAGUAGUCCUAAGUGAGAAAUAUGCUCUGGUACAGGCCAUUUCACUUUUUUUUCAGACUUGACAUCUGUCAUCUUAAUAGCCACAUAGUUGUUAUUGUUAAAUGCAAGAUUGAGUCUCAGUGGGCUUCAGCUUCAUUUCUUACAUAAUAACAUCUUCACUCUGCACUCGGGCAAUCAUGGUUCAACAUACAUUUGGACUUGGCCAAUUGUCACUGCAACUUGCCACUAAUUUUUAAAUACUAUCAUGUAUCAUAAAAAAAAUAAGGGACUAAAAGUACCUGAGCACAUUGCUGUGUAUAUAUUAUUAUUUUUUUUGAAGUUGCUCAUCAUCAGAUCUCACUUUUAUUUUUGGAAACAUGGCCAGUAAGCUCAAAAGACAUUCUUGUGCCAACUGUCCUGGUUUUACUUGAAAGUAUCUAUUUGAAUAUGUUUGUAUCAUUUUCAUAAAAAAAAAAUGUGUGGAUUAUCUUGGCUACUUGUAUUUGGGAAAGUUAUCAUUAAAAAUAGCUAACUGAUUUGCUGGAUUAUUGCAGCCUUGUUUCGGGCACAGGGAUCAUGGUUUUUGUCUGUGAAACACGAAUGUUGUAAUAAAGAUGACAGCUCUCUUUUGUUGUCAAAUUGA